AUGGGCAAACCUCACGACGUGGAGCUGGACAAGAUCCUGCGGGAGAUCGGCCAGUUCGGUCGCUACCAGUUUCAUGUGUAUCGCUUUGUUCUGCCUGUUAUCAUAUUCAACGCCUUCUUCAAGACCCAGUACAUCUUCAACGCGCGUGGAUUGCACUAUAGGCGUCAUAACUUCGGGUCCUCUAGGGUGAAAUUAAGCGUGCGUCAAGAAUGCCACGGCCACGGCACGGUUCCAAGUCCAUUUAACUGGUCUGUAUCCGGGUAG